UGGGACUCCAUUCCAGAGUGUCAGUGAGGGUUCCCCGCGCCUCGCAUCCUUAACAGCUGUCUACUGAGAUAACUUCACCUGCUCUACAAACAAAAACAACCUGACCAUGAGCGGAGAUCAUGGACAUGGAGACUCUCAGGUGAAUUCCGGAUCCAAAGGAAGCGACUCCCACAAACAUAAAGACAAGCACAAAGACAAGGAACACAGACACAAAGACCACAAGCGAAACAAGGAGAGAGAGAAAUUCAAGCACGGCAACAGUGAACAUAAGGACCACUCUGAAAAGAAACACAAAGACAAGGAGAAGCUGAAGCACAGCAACGGCAGCUCAGACAAGCACAGGGAAAAACACAAAGAGAAAGACAAGGACAAAGAGAAGAGGAGAGAAGAGAAGAUCAAAUCAUCCUAUGUGGACAGGCCUAAAAAGGAAAAAGAAAAUGGAUUUGUGAGAGAUACAAGCCCUGCUGCCAUUAAGAUUGAGCCCGAAGAGGACAAUGGCUUCUACCCUUCUCCCCAACACAACAAGACCUCAAAGCGAGAGCAUGAUGAUGAAGAAUUUGAAUACAAGCCAAAAAAAGUCAAGACAGAGUAUGACAAAAAGGCCAAGAAGAGGAAACAUGAGUAUGAAGAAGAAGAGGAGGAGGAGGACAUAAAGCCUAAAAAGAAGACAAAAGACAAAAAGGUUACAGAGGGAAAGAAAGCCAAAAAAGAAGAAGAGGAGAAGUGGAAAUGGUGGGAGGAGGAAAGAUCUACUGAUGGCUCUAAGUGGCGCUUCCUUGAGCACAAGGGUCCAGUGUUUGCAUCUUCCUAUGAACCCAUGCCUGACAAAGUCAAGUUUUACUAUGAUGGAAAGCUUAUGAAACUUAAUGCUCCUGCUGAGGAGGUAGCUACAUUUUUUGCCAAGAUGUUAGAUCAUGAAUACACCACUAAGGACAUCUUCAGGAAGAACUUUCUUAAGGACUGGAGGAAGGAAAUGACAUCAGAGGAAAAGUCCAAGAUAACUGACCUGAACAAGUGCAACUUCAGUGAGAUGAGUGAGUUCUUCAAGGCCCAAUCUGAAGCAAGGAAACAGAUGUCAAAAGAGGAGAAACAGAAAAUCAAAGAGGAGAACGAGAGACUCCUCCAGGAGUAUGGUUUCUGCAUCAUGGACAACCACAAAGAGAGAAUCGGAAACUUCCGUAUCGAGCCGCCAGGCCUGUUCAGAGGACGAGGCGAUCAUCCUAAAAUGGGCAUGCUGAAACGACGCAUCCGACCUGAAGACAUCAUUAUUAACUGUAGCAAGGACUCAAAGCACCCUAAACCUCCCCCAGGGACAAAAUGGAAGGAGGUUCGCCAUGACAACAAGGUGACCUGGCUGGCUUCGUGGACGGAGAACAUCCAGGGCUCUAUCAAGUACAUCAUGCUGAAUCCCAGCUCCAGGAUCAAGGGGGAAAAGGACUGGCAGAAAUAUGAGACUGCUCGACGGUUGAAGAAGUGUGUGGAUCGCCUCCGUACCCAGUAUAGAGACGACUGGAAGUCAAAAGAGAUGAGGAUCAGGCAGAGAGCCGUGGCACUGUAUUUCAUAGACAAGCUUGCACUGAGGGCAGGUAACGAAAAGGAGGAAGGCGAGACAGCGGACACAGUUGGCUGCUGCUCGCUGCGGGUCGAGCACAUCAAACUGUACCCCAAGAUGGACGACCAGGAGUACGUGGUAGAGUUUGAUUUCUUGGGAAAGGACUCCAUCCGAUACUACAACAAGAUGCCCGUGGAGAAGAGGGUUUUUAAAAACCUCCAGCUGUUCCUGGAGAACAAACAGCCUGAGGAUGACCUCUUUGACAGACUGAAUACUUCUAUUCUGAAUAAGCACUUACAGGAGCUGAUGGAUGGCCUGACAGCCAAGGUCUUUCGUACCUACAACGCCUCCAUCACCCUGCAGCAGCAGCUUAAGGAACUUGCCUGCCCUGAUGACAGCCUUCCUGCUAAAAUCCUGUCAUAUAACCGUGCCAACCGGGCGGUGGCCAUCCUCUGUAACCACCAGAGAGCUCCACCCAAAACAUUUGAGAAGUCCAUGCAAAAUCUUCAGACCAAGAUUGACGAGAAACAGAAUCAACUGUCAGUCGCCAGGAAGCAACUAAAAGCUGCCAAGUCUGAUCACAAGACUUCACAUGAUGACAAGAGCAAAAAGAUUUUGGAGAUGAAGCGUAAGGCCGUCCAGAGGAUAGAGGAGCAGCUGAUGAAGCUCCAGGUUCAGGCCACAGACAGAGAGGAGAACAAGCAGAUCGCUCUGGGCACGUCAAAGCUCAACUACCUGGAUCCACGCAUCUCUGUCGCAUGGUGUAAGAAAUGGGAUGUUCCCAUCGAGAAGAUUUACAACAAAACCCAGAGAGAGAAGUUUGCCUGGGCGCUGGACAUGGCUGAUGAGGACUACGAGUUUUAAACAUGCUUGAUGUUUUACCCUAUUUUAACAUGCCUUUGAUUGUAGAAAUGGUUUGUAGUUUAUGUCAAAAGACUCCACUGUGUGGUUACUGCAGGGCUGUGAUUGCAGCUGCUACCACUGUUUAAUAAUUGUGCUGUAUAUAUAUGGAUUUGUUUUUGAAUAUAGGAAAAUAACUUCCGAACCAUUUGACCAAGCUGCCAAAUGGCAUCACUCUAAGGAAAUUACAAUAGUGUGUAUGUAGCUGCAGCUAUCUGCCCAUAAUCAAACCCCUAUGAACACAUUAGUAUUAUCUUUGUCAGACAUGACUGUACUGAAAUUUGCAAGCCAUCGGGAAUAUUGAGACAUUCUAUAUUAUCAUAGAAUAAUGAAAUACAAAUGUUUGUAUGGGAGACUGUGCGGGACACCAUGAAAGAUAGUAGGAUGAAUUUCAAUUUAUGUAAUUGUGUGAAAGAUUGGUACAAUAAAAGGACAGACUGAUGACAGCGUGAAGAAUAGAAAACCCUAGCACUAUGAUGAUAUAAUUAUUAGCACACCGAAUGUCAUCUUACUUUCCAUUUAAUUUAAUUUUGCUGUUUAUUUCAGGGAUGUACAUAUGUUUUGUCAUUUUUCAGUAACUAUGAGUCUGUGUUUUUUAAAAACGUGUGCUGUAUGCAUUGUCAAAAAUAAGCUCUUCAUUGCCUAUAUGCAACUUGUGUGUGUCUGUUUCAACAGUUUUAGAAUGGUGACCUUCCUUUUGGUUACUUGAAACAGCUGUAGUACAGGAUUUUUGUACCAGAGCUAGAAGAGACAGAGAAGCUUUUAAAAGAGGUAUGUGGACUUUGCCAAAACACCUAGUCGUUCAGAGUGUCCUCCUUAAUAUCCAAAUGUGAAUUACAACUUUUGUCAUUAAUAUUUCUUGGUAUUUGAUCAUUUAUCACACAGCGAUUGGUUGGAUGCUUAUUGUUUUGAGCUUUGUAGUUUUCAGAAUAAAACAUCAACCUUG